CUGAGAGCCGGUCUUUGCCACCUAGAAAGGGGAGAGCAGAGGCCCAGGGUUUGGGGAUGGUGGACCGUGAGGAGAAUCAGGUCCCAAUGGCCCCGUUGCCGCUCUCCCCCAAUCCGGGGAGCCCCACCACUCUACCGCCCCUGGCCCCCCUUCCCUGCGGCCCCUGCAUCCCCAUCAUGCUGGCCCUGGGCUCGGUGGCCGCCUUCUUCCUGCUGAGCACGGCCGUGCUGGCCGAACGCCUCUUCCGCCGCUCCCUGGGCCGCGAGGCCUCCGCCUCCUCGGCCGCCUCGGCCUCCUCCGCCGCCCCCGGGAGCACGCGCUCGGCGGGCUGGGUCUGGGGCCCGGGCGGCGAGCUGUGGAUCGAGCCCUCGGGGACGGCCCGCCAGCGCUCGGAGGACUGGUACGGGGCUGCCGUGCCCCUGCUCAGAAGCCAGGACCCCGGUCCCUCUGCCCCCGGGUCCCCCCUCACUCAGGCAUCCGCACCACCGGCCCCUUGGCCUGCCAAGGCCUGGGCGUCCACCCCGUCGCCCCCGGCCUCUCCCUUCAGUGGCCGUGCCCUGUCUGUGGAGCCAGGCCCCAGGCCUGGGGGGGCAUCCUCCCCACCACCCCCCAGGCCUCCAGACAGCACCUUCUGGGUGCAGCCCCCCUGGGAGGAGAGGCCCCCGGAGGUGGGCCUGGUGAGCUGGGGAGAGCCGGGGGCCCCGGGGCCCGGGGAAGGCUGGGGUGGGCAGCCCGACCCAUUCUGGGAGAGCCCCAGGCUCGGGAGUCCCGAGCCCGAGUGGGGCCCGCAGCCCCGGGUGACCCUGGAGCAGAUCUCGGCCUUCUGGAGACGGGAAGGCCGGGGAGGGGUACCCUGAGCCCUGGGGCUGGGAGAUGCCCCAACACCCUCCCUCCACCCUCCCCUGGGACCUGACCCUCGGACCGCCACUCCCAACCCUGGCUAAGGCCCGGACCCCGGCCGGGCCCAAAGAUGGAGAGAGGAUUCACAGAGGAGUGAGACUUGGACCUGUUGAAGGUGGUGGCGAGCGGCACAGACCACUUGGGGAGGAUGCUGGCCCAAAGCUCGUAACUCACCGGGAUGGCUGACUCAUCUGGGGCUGGAGCAAAGACUCCUGGAAAACCCAUGAACUCGUGGCAGGACUCCAGUCAGCAGCCCGGGGACUGGGCCAAGAAUCGGAUCGGGCUCCUGCCCCUGGGAGCUGCCGCCCCUCGGCUCCCCUGGGGUGGCUUUUUGGGGGUGGGGAAGGAGUGGAGACCCACUGCUCUAGCAAU